GGGCGGCCAUGGCUCCUCGGCGGCUCCUCCUGUCGCUGCUGCUGCUGCUGCCGGCGGCCGCCGCCGCCGCCGCGCUCGGCCCGGAGCCGGGGCUGCCCCGCGUGCCCGAGCACUGCCUUCUGCCCAAAGUGGUUGGGAGAUGCCGGGCUUCCAUGCCACGGUGGUGGUUUAAUGCCACCAGUGGCUUGUGUCAAAGCUUCAUCUUUGGUGGCUGCAACGCCAACCUCAACAACUUCGUGACAGAGCAGGAGUGCCAGGCGAGCUGCGCCCCGAGCAAGGGAGAGAAAGAUUCCAAUGAGAUCCCGCUGCCCAGCAGAAAAGUGGAGGGCCAGAGUGCAGACGCUGCAAACAAGCCUGGACAUCAUGCUGAGCAGGCCAAUGACUCCUUCAGCUAUGAAGAGUUCUGCAUGGUCCCCCAGGUGACUGGCCCGUGCCGUGCCUCGUUCUUCCGAUGGUACUAUAGCCCAGCCAACCGCACCUGCAAGCAGUUCAUUUAUGGGGGCUGCCGGGGCAACAAGAACAACUACCAGAAGGAAGAGCAGUGCAUGCGUCGCUGCAGCCGGGAGCCAGGAAAAACUGGCAGUGCUGGUCCAGACUUCCAUUCUGACCUUCUCUCCACCAAAACUAUGGCGCUCGCGGUGCUGCUGGCCAUCCUGGCAGCCAUCCUGCUGGGCUACAUGAUCGAUGUCUCUGUCAAGAUGUGCAGGAAGAACCCAGAGCUGGCAGUGGGCACAGGCUGGAGCCCCCUGGAUGACAAGGAAUAUCUGAUGAGCAACGCUUACACGCUCUGAAGGCUGCUCACUCCACAGCCCCCUGUGGCUCGGCCCCAAGCUCGUGUGGAGCUGAGCCUGGGCAUGUAUAUAAUAGAGAAUGGCCCCUGUGUCUGUCUCCAGAGAGGGUGAAUUGAACCCUCGCAUGCUGAGCUGCUAGUGUAAACCUCUUGGGCCUGGUAGAGCUGUUUGAGGUGCAUUUCAAGCACCUGGGCUCUGACUUCACUCUUUUUUUCUUUUUUCUUAUUUUUUUGAGGGGGCAUUUUUUUUAAUUAUUUUGUAACUAAAUGAUUGUUGUAAAUCAAUAGCAGAAGUCAUGGGCAUCUCAGAUGGUGCCAGCAACCCCCUUCUGCCCCAGCCCUCCAUGCUCUGCCUGAGCCCCUACAUCCAAGCACCUCUUUGAGUGGUCGCCUGCAGUGUCCCGUGUACCCACUGGGCAGCAUGAGUUGGGCACUGCUGUGGUCCAGCUUCCCUGCCAUGUGGGUUUACGUGCUGCCUAGAGCUUGCCAGCACCUGAAGGUGGCUGAGACCCCACGGUCCCAGGGUGGGUGUGUGCAGAGGACCCUGGGCCUGGGCUGGUGGUGUCCUGGUGUCUGAUAGGGGCAUGCCCACGGGUGGAAACAUCAGCAUGGCUCUGCAGACGCCUACAAGUGCAGGAACUAGCUGGACCUGGUCUCCCCUCUGCCAUGGUGGCCCUCUCCUGGUUUCCAGCUUGUGCAGAGGGGCCAUGUCCCCAUGGCCUUACGUGCAUCCAGACCCUUCUCUGAGUGCUGCUCGGGGCUGCAGCUGGCCUCGCGGGUGCCUCGGGCAGAUGGGCUGCGGCGCUGCCCAGCCUGGGGUGGCCUCUCCAACAGCUGCUCCUCACGCAGCUGGCUCAGCUUGGUCAGUCCAUGGAGCCCUGGCUCCGGGAAAAGGCUGUAACUUGCUCUCUUCUCCUGCCUGUUGGGUUUCCUCAAGCUGCUUGGAGCCAGGCACAAGCCCUGGGCAGCCCCCCCCACCCCCCCAGCUGCUUUGGUGGGGUGGAGAUGGGGACCCUGGCCUGGCUUAUCCCUGGAGCUGCCCCUGCCAGAUGUGCCUUAACUUCUCCCUGCUCCCAGCACUGCAUUCUGCCCCCCUGAGCCUGGUGCAGCCACUGGGGGCUCACACUGGCCCUGUGUGAUGCCCCAGGCUGAGCCGAGCCUCCGGGGCUUGCAGCAGUCCCUCCUCUGCUUUCUCUCGGGGUGCUUCAUCCAGGGUAUUUGUGACCAUUGUCGAUGUGUCUAUAAUCUGUCUGAUCUAGUUUUUAAUUAUUAUUAUUAAUUUUUUUUUACACACAUUAGAGGAAUCACAUUAGAGGAAUUUCUCUGAAUAAAGGGAGACGUGAACCACCUUC